GCCGGGCCCCUCAUGGAACGUGCUGCCGGACAUGAGCGUGCUGCCAUGGAGGUGGGGACGAGGGACUGGGGAUUUUAAACGGCCCUGGGACCCAGGCGGGCCUUCACCUUUACUUGGUUUCGGUAGUUGCCAACUUCAGGGACACCAUCGCGGCUGCUCGGGUAGCAGAACCUGGACAUUCCUUAGAGGCGGGUCCUGGCCCCAAACUUGGAGUGUGUGCGGCCAUCUGCAUGCCAACUUACAUGUAGUCAGAACGUGAGGCUUGGGGUUCCUGUCCCCACUUCUUUGGAAUAAAGGGUCCAGGUGGGGGCAUAUGGUGGAACUGGGGCUUCCAGGAGUGAAGUGUGUGGUAUUGAAUUAAGCUCACCACUUGUGUUUGGAACGUCUCCCUUGGAUAAGGCAACGUGUUAAGGUGGGUGAGGACCGAAGAGCAUAGUGGUCUCAUAACGUGAAUAAGACACUAGGUGUGUCCCAACUAUGAUUUUGAUUUACUGUGUUCUCGGAAUAAAGAUACAUUUGUAGUCAAAAGUAAACUUCCAUCUACUUCAAGAUGAAGUAUCUGACACGUUCUCACCUACAGUACGCAGAAAGUUAUCCUGCCAUCUUCUUAACCCACCGGCUCCCACAACAUGAAAUCCACUUAGCUUGAGUGAAUUUUAAGGAUGUUUGGUGCUAUGGAGAGUCAACCUUAUGUUAAGGCAUGCGUGACUUUGUUUACCAAGCUUAACAGAUAAAACUAAAAAGUCGUCGGUGGUAUUUUGACAUUCGCUUCUGCUUUCCAUUUUCUCUUUAGUCCUUUGUCACCUAGUAUGGACAUACUGAGUUGCAGAAUCUGUCCGUGUUGUAAGCAAGGUAGGGCCUCACCCUGCCCCUCUUCUUGCCUUUGAGGAAGCUGUCUGACUGACAGUGGACUUGGUGGAGGUUCUUCUUCCCUGGCUCCUGGCCAGUGCUUUCCACUUUGAAUGUGGGUAAGGAUCACCAGUUUAUUCACCUGAACCUUUACUUCUUUUGAACCAUUGAUUUUUUUUUUUUUUCCUUGCCCGUUGCCCUCCAUUCUUACGGUGGGAAGACAGGCCGGCAGUAAGCUCUGCCUCCACCCAGGGGCACACCCUUGUGUCACCUAGCCACCCUCCCUUGGCACACAACUGGCAGGGAGUGGCGGCAGAGGGAUCUGAUGCCAUAGAAGGCGUUGGGGUGUAGAGGCUCUGGUGAGCUGACUGCUUUCUGAGCAGUUGCAGUCCAUGAUAUUCUCUGGUCUUGCUUUAGACCUGGAAAGGUGUUCUUUUGCAUUGCUUUCUUUUUAGGGAACAGAAAGCAAGUACCUUCUUCAAACCAUCUUUUUAUGUUAUCAUACCUCACAAGUGGCCAGUUUUCAGGAAACUUUUUUGCUGCUGAUCCCAGUUUAUUUUGGUUGUGGAAGUAAUUGUGUGAUCUUCUUUCAAAGUCAUACACUGAAAAGGGGGGAAACGUUAUGUCCAUUUCCAAAUUUGUGACAAUUACAGUUGUUAUGAAGUCUCUGGGUAGUGCAGUUGUUUAAGCACUUGACUACUAACCAAAAGGUUGGUGGUGCGAAUCCACCUGGCGGUGCCUCAGAAGAAGGGCCUGGUGAUGUACUUGCAGAAGAUUAUUGCCACUGAAAACCUUUUGGAGCGCAGUUCUGCUCUGAUACAUGUGGAGUCGUUGUGAAUUGGAAUCGACUUGAUAGCAACUAGCACUGUUGUUAUUCUCUCCUAAAAAUAUCAUAUGAAAUGGGAUGAAACACAGGCACAUAUAUAAUGUAAAAUACUCUAUGUUACUUAUAACCUAGUAGUCAGAAUCGACUAGACAGCAACAGGUUUUUGUUUUGUUUAUAGCUAAUGGAUGUGUAAAUCUCCCAUUUAAAUACUUAGAGAAGGGUAAGUAGGUAAAUGACCUGAGCUAAGAAGGCUACCUUUUGCUAGUUUCUGUUUGUAGCAUGCCUUACAGGUAGGGAAGAUUAUCUUUUUCAGUUCCCUAUCUGCAUCCCUCCUUUUCCAGUUUUGGAAAUGGCACUUACAUCUAUGGUACCUCUGAGUACUUCUGUAAAAGUUUUCCUUUUACAAGGGAGAAAUUCCUCAUACCGGUAUGUGUCAUAAAAAGAAGAGCCCUUCUUGUGUGAACAGAUUGAUUGAGAUAAUGGUCCAGGUAGCAGAAGAGAAACAGCAGUGGGACCUGCUUUACAGCGUGCUGAGGGUGAAGCUGUCGUGAAUGUUUUCAUGGAUAAUUUGUUAUGCUGCUCAGCAUGAUGGCUUAGCUGAUAAGUGGUAAAGACUUUAGGACCAAGGGCAUGUUUUACUUUCAGCUGAUCUCAGGGAUUUCAUUGAUGAUACCACACAAACAUUGAAUCUUAGUUGGGACAGUUGUUUUAAAGUGGCUGUUGGAAAACAGAUUAAGAGAGUACCUGUAUCUUGGUCUUGAUGUUUGAAGAAUAGAAGUAUUCAGAUAAAGGCAUCUAAGGUUCAUUUCUCACAUUACACAUAAAAGACAUUUUUAGAGAUGUUAGACCUGUGAUAAAGAACAUACUUUUACUAUUUGUGUGAUCUUGAACAAGUUUUAUAUUCUCUCUGAGUCUUACUCCUCACGUGGACUAACGUGGGGAUAAGAGUCCAUCUCCCAGAGUUAUUGCGAAUGUAUUUUGCUUAGAGUUUGAAAUCUUUUCCAUGGCCUACAAGGUUUCUGUCUAGUUCUGAAAAAAAAAAAAAUUUUUUUUUUUUGGCUUAGUUCUGAAGACAGUCUUGAACCACCCCGUGCCUUACCACAAAGUUAAGCUCUAACAUUUCUGUUCCUCAAGGUACCAGGCUGUUUCCUGCCUCCCCGUUUUUGAUAUGGUUGCUCCCUUUGCCUAGAAUAUUCUUCAUGGUUGGUUCAUUCUUAGAUCUUGAUCUGGCGUCGCCACCUUGGAGAUGCCUUUCCUGAUUAGUCUACUGUAUAGCCUCUUCAUGAGGGCAGUGUUGGUACAGAUUCCCUUGUAGGACCUUCCAUGUGGGAGACAUGGGUUCAGGUGCUGGCCAGUGCACCUCAAGCAUAGCCACCACCUGUCUCUCAGUGGUGGCUUGCAUGUUGCUAUGAUGCUGAACAGGUUUCAGUGAAGCUUCCAGACUGAGACUAGGAAGAAAGGCCUGGUGAUGUACUUCCAAAAAUCAGCCGGUGAAAAUCCUGUGGAUCACAAAAACAGUCUGAUCCACAGCUGAUCAUGGGAGCGGUAGCAAGACCGGGCAGCAUUUCAUUCCGUUGUACGUGGUGUCAUUAUGAGGCAGGGGUGACUUGAUGGCAGCUAACAACAACAUAGAUACUUAAGCAGUCCUAUCUUAGCACCUUGUAUAUCUGCUUCAUAACAUUUACGACUGUCUGUAAUUGUUUAGAUAACUUGUUGCUGGUCUGGCCAUCCACGAGAACAGGUCUUGAGGUCUGACUUCUCUGUAUUGCUAACACUUCUGGCGAGGCCUAGCCCCUGAGCAGGGAUGUGGUGCACAGAAAGUGCUGCGCAGCUCCAUACCUGGCACGUAGAAGCUCGGUAAACUGUCGUGUUAAUAUCGUUAGGUGUGCGUUAAAGGCAAAGUCAUGCUGUGUUUAUUUGAGAAAUCUGUUGGUUUUUCGUAUUAUUUAUUUAUCCCUGUCUGAGCUGGUCUGCUCAGUUGAAUAAAUCAUAGCACUAAAAAAGCCCAAGUCCUCAUAGCAUGGCCCAAAUAUAGAGGGCCAUCUAUCCCUGUAGCGCCAUCAUGUGUGUCUGUGGUGGCUCAUGGACAGGACUGGUUGGUGCAGAGAUAACCACGCUGUCGUCACUUCUGCUGGUAUAACUGUUUGCAGUGUGUGGGGAGUAACCACUCCAAGGAGCGUUUCCCUGGACAUUAGCUUAGUAAGGUGAAACAUCAGUCACCUGGAGCCUUCUACCAUCCUCAGUUAUCUGAUGUAGAAUUAAGCAGGAAGGGAAAACUCAUUUGGAAAUUAAUCACUCCAAAGACCUGGAAGAGUCAGAUUUCAACUGGUGAAGGCAGUUUUUCUCAGGGAUUCAGAUUUAGAAUUGAACUUCACCCCUUCAAUUUUAUAGGCUAGUUUAAAAAAAAAAAAAAAAACUCAAGUCUUAUUUGCCUUAUGUGUAAAACAAUGAUAGUGCCUUCCUGGAGUUGGUGUGAAAGUUAAAUGAGGUAAUGCAUGAAAAUUUAUUAGCUCAGUGCCUGGAGUAUAACAAGUGCUGAUAGUAGUAAUCAGUUUAAAAUGUACUAACCCCAGUAACUAUGAGUAGUUAAAAGGAUAUUCUGAUUCAUCAGCAAUGUCCACAUAAGACUUGACUUCUUUGUAAGAAAGCAAGCGUGGAAAAAGCCUGUGAGACUAAAGGGACUAGAAAAAGGGAAAUAAAAGAGGAGAGAGAAUGGGUGCGCAUAGAAAUAUUGUGGCCCAAGCUGUUAGAAUUGUGAGGAUUCCAGGUGGUGAUGGGGGGCAGCAGUCGGAUUGCUUGGCAGUGGGGUCCUUGUGAUUGGAUAGCAGGAGAUCUAGACCAAGAAAGCUUCCGUCCUUAUCUCCUCUGCAAAGCCUGAUGCUCUUGUUUUCAUGCUGUUCUCAUGUAGUUACACAUCACUCUUAGCUGUCACAAAAUAUUAAAAUUGUUAAAAGGGCAUCACAUUUGGACACUACAUUUGGGAAGCAGUGGCUGUCUCGUUUUCCUCAGCAGCAGACUCUUCAGAGGUAGAGAAGAAGCAAGCUGGCAUUAAAAAGAGAAGAAGGAAUAUCUUGGAAGGCCCGGAAGGCAAACCAUGACCUGAACAACAGUGAACCCUAAAGGGGUCACUACGCCAUCCCGAAAUUUUCUAGCAGAAAAUGGCCCCAGAGGUUAAAUGAAGCUGGAAAAAUACAUAGAUGCAGCAUUGCAGCCUCUUCAGAUGUUCGGGGACAAUAUCCCAGAGAGAAAUUGAUCCCCCUGCAUUAGGUGACCAGUCAUAAUGAAGAAAAUUAGUCUUAAAACCUUCCGGAAAUCUUUUAACUUGAAUAAAAGUAAAGAAGAAACUGAUUUCAUGGUAGUACAACAACCUUCACUUGCCAGUGAUUUUGGGAAAGAUGAUUCCUUAUUUGGUAGCUGCUACGGUAAAGAUAUGGCCAGCUGUGACAUCAAUAGUGAAGAUGAAAAAAGUGGAAAAACUAGAUCGAAAAGUGAAAGCCUCAUGGGUACGCUAAAAAGGCGGCUUUCUGCAAAACAGAAGCAGAGAGGCAAGGGUGGUGCGCCUUCCGGGAGCUCGGUCGAUGAGGACACCUUCUCUUCCUCCUCAGCCCCAAUCGUGUUCAAAGACGUGAGGGCCCAAAGGCCCAUACGGUCGACCUCGCUCCGCAGUCACCACUACAGCCCGACCCCCUGGCCUCUGCGGCCCACGAACUCCGAGGAGACGUGCAUCAAGAUGGAGGUGAGGGUCAAAGCCCUGGUCCACUCCUCCAAUCCCACCCCAGCCUUGAACGGGGUCCGGAAGGAUUUCCAUGACUUGCAGCCUGAAACUGUGUGCCAAGAGCAGACCAGCUCCCUGAAGAGCGCAGACUCUCAGAACGGGGACCUGCAUCUUCACCUUGACGACCAUGUGCCUGUAGUUAUUGGACUCGUGCCUCAGGACUACAUCCAGUACACUGUGCCUUUAGAUGAGGGGAUGUAUCCCCUGGAAGGGUCGCGGAGCUACUGUGUGGACAGCUCUUCCCCCAUGGAAGUCUCUGCAGUCCCUCCUCCAGGGGGAGGGGGCUCUUUCCCUGAAGAGGAGAGUCAGGUAGACCAGGACCUGGGCGCAGCCCCCGACGUCUUUGCGGACCAGCAGGUGAACGGCUUGUUGAUUGGCACCACGGGAGUCCUGUUGCAGAGCCCCAGAGCAAGGCACGAGGAUGUCCCUCCACUCUCACCGUUGCUACCUCCAAUGCAGAAUCAUCAAAUCCAAAGGAACUUCAGCGGAAUCCCUGGCACAGAUGCCCAUGUGUCUGAAAGUGUGCGCUGUCAUUUGAAUUUUGAUCCCAACUCUGCUCCCGGGGUGGCAAGAGUCUAUGACUCAGUGCAGAGUAGUGGUCCUAUGGUGGUGACAAGCCUGACUGAGGAGCUGAAAAAACUUGCGAAACAAGGAUGGUACUGGGGACCCAUUACUCGCUGGGAAGCAGAAGGGAAGCUAGCCAACGUGCCGGAUGGCUCUUUUCUCGUCCGGGACAGUUCUGACGACCGUUACCUUUUAAGCUUGAGCUUCCGCUCCCAUGGCAAAACACUUCACACUAGGAUUGAGCACUCGAAUGGUAGGUUUAGCUUCUACGAGCAGCCCGAUGUGGAAGGACACACGUCGAUAGUUGAUCUCAUUGAACAUUCAAUCAGGGACUCUGAAAACGGAGCUUUUUGUUAUUCGCGGUCUCGGUUGCCCGGCUCUGCGACCUACCCGGUCAGGCUGACCAAUCCGGUGUCGCGGUUCAUGCAGGUGCGCUCCCUGCAGUACCUGUGCCGUUUCGUGAUACGGCAGUACACCAGGAUAGACCUGAUCCAGAAACUGCCUUUGCCAAACAAAAUGAAGGACUAUCUACAAGAGAAGCACUACUGAAAGAUUGAGGACCCUGCAUAUUGCACUUUGGGAACAAGGGAAAGAUUGAAAUACGGUUUACAAACUUUGAUUGCUAUCAAAAUCUUUUGCUGCCGUAAUUAUUUCAGUUUUCUGUGUAGAAGAGUCAUCAACAUGUCUAGGUGUGGGGAAGUGUCGGCAAGGUAUCUUGGGUUUAUUUUUGUUCUUUCAAAAGGGAAGUCUGGAGGUUUUAGAAGUGUGAAUUAUCUUUCCUCAAUGUGCAGAAUAAUCACAAUGUGAAUGAUCAGAUUCUCCUUAAUCCCCGCUCCAAGUCCUUUGCUGCUAUCCACUGUGAUUUUUAUGCAUUAAAAGCACAUUUCAUGUGUAUUCAACCCUAAGUAAAGUUGAAUGAAAACUUACAGAAAGAAAAUUGUUGUCUCUUGAAAUGGCGGGUUUUCAAAAGGUAGUGUUGAAGAAGCAUACCCAUGUCAUGAAAAACACAGGAUUUACAUGUACACUGAACAAGAUUUUAUAAUCUCAUACCUUAGAAAGAUUUAUUUAGAAUUAUGAAUCGACAUCAUCUUGGAUAAUGGAAGGCAGAGCUACAACAUGUCUUUGAUAACACUCAUUUCUUAAUUAAUUUUAAGAUUGUAGUAGUUUUUUGUUGUGAAAAGUUGAACUUUUCUGUUGCUUUCAUUUUUAUCUUGUGGUUUGUCUAUUUUAAAAAAUGGCCUUACAUUAAAAAUUCUUAAAUGUAUACCACCAAUUUAGAAAUUGUUGCCUUUUCUUUCGUUAAACUCUGGUACAAAUUGGCAUAAAUAUAAAGCCCUGUGGAACUAGAGCUCUUAUUAAAGAAAUGCUAGUUGAUCAUAGUUUCCUGUGAUAGCAGUUUUUUUGUGUGUCAUCUGUACUUUCCUUUGGUAAAAUGUUUUAUUUGUGAUUUAUUUAGCCUUAGUCAGCAUUUUCUUGGGUAGAACUUGCUUAUGCAGCUGAUUUUCAUUAAUGAACUGGAUUCUCUUGCAGCAUUAAAGUUUAUAUAAAGUUUUCAAUUCAUUUGGAUAAAAAGCAAGCAUUGUUUUUAAGUUGGAUUUAUAUUAUUCUAUUAAAAUAUGCUAGAUUUGACCCCACCUAACCUCCCCCCCGAAUAAAAAAAUGACUCUAGUUGAAAGAUUAUGUAAAUUGUUGAGCAUGAUGCAAGGAAAACACUAAAACCACAUCAGAUAUAAGGAAGUCUUAUUGCCUAACAUAAUAUACUGCUAUUUAAAAAGUUUUUUUUUUUUUUUUCCUUUGGUUUAUUUUUAAUUUAGGUGAGUCUCAAGUAAUUUGGGAUCGGUAAUUAAUCAUUUUCUCUGUCUGAAUUGGUCGUUAUGGUGGUGGUGGUGGUUAUCCCAAUACUUUUAGUUGAAAUGGGGAGUGUUUAUUCAUUGCACAAUACUGUCUUCUAGCAUUUUGGGUUGCCCUGUACAGAAAGUGUUUCCAGUUACACAGCUUUAAAGGAAAAUGAUUCCAUUUCAGAUGAAACAUGUAAUUCGAGGUGUUUCUUCCUUUGUCACUUGGAGUUUUCCUAUCUCUACCCCCAUUUAAACACAAGGACAAGGGUCUUUGUCGUUCAAACAUAUCCGUGUCCCCACUGUUUUCUCUGUUUUUAGGGUCAGAAUUGAGAUGUCAAGAAAAGGUGUAAUGCCAUAACACCAUGGUGGUGUGAUAAAUUUUGACUUAAAGGGGAAAAGGUACUUAAUUUUGGUAGACUGUUGAUUGUACCUUGUUAUGGAGACUCCUCUUUCAUUUUCUGAUAUGUUUUCACCUAGUAAGAUGGAAUAUGGAGUAUACUGUAAUAAUAUAAAUGUUCACUAUAAGCUAUUUGGAUUAAGAACUAUUACAGAGUUGUAAACUUGUUAUCAAAUUAAUGCAAGACAUUUAAGCUAUUUUUUUUGCAAAACUAUUUAUUUUUAAACAAUUUAAAAUAUAUCUAGGGUGAGUUAAAAGUCCCUGUGCAUCUAUAUUAGAUGGCAGGUAUUGUCAGAGAGUCACUGUGUAUUAAUAAUAAGUGUUGGCAUGGCUUCUCCACGUUUCUAGAAGCAUUUACAUGUACUCUUUGUGAAAUCAUAGUGCACAGAGGUCUUUGGGCUGCCCUGAACCCUGCUUUAUCAUGUGGACAUAGCCUGUUCCCCAUGUUUUCCUCAUGAUGCCAUGUGUCUAACAUCGAGCAAUUUAGUGUCAAGAUUAUUCUAGUUUUCAUCUAAAUGUUUUUAAAAUUGUAUUUUGUGCAUUUUUGGAGGGCAAAUCUUGAUACUGUUCUAAUUCAGAAAGCUAAUUUUUGAUGUGUUUUCGUAUAUUCAUAAUAUAAAAAUACUUAAGCAUGCCCUGUUAUAAUCCAAUUUGAAAUUGUUAGGUUCUUAUAGUAUAUUGAUAAAAAGCAAAGUAUUUGCCAAGAAAUUAAAUUUAAAAACGAAAGAGAAGGAUAUUGCAAUAUUUUCUAGUUUUGCAUAGAGGAAUAGCCCUUUGGCGUAAACAGCGCACCACAGUGUGAAGGAUUGGCUGUAUAGGACUUUAGAACAGUCUGAUUAAAAAUGGAAGUGGAAAAAGAGAGUUCGUCUUCAUUUUGUAAUUUGGUCUACAUACAAUUUGAUUAAAAGUUUUGAAUUCUGUUGAAUGGUUUUUUAGAUGACAUAUGAACGCAACCUAUGAUUUUAAAUACGUGCUUCUGCGCUCAAGGCAAGAAAAAAAAAACAGGAAAGCUGUAUCAAUUUCCUGUAAUAAAUGGAUCAGAGUUUUUUUUUUUCCCAAAUGUUUCAUUAUAAAACAUGAUGGAGGCCAGAAGCUAUUUUCAGGCUUACUUGGGACACUAUUAUGCAUUUUUACAAAUAAUAAGAAAGCUAUAGAAAGUACUUGGUAAAGCUAUCUCUUACUGUUUCUCUUUCUGUCUAAGGAAAACUAUUCUCUUUCUAUUUGGUGCAAUAAUCUGAAAUCUUAGAAAGUCAAAAAUGUUUAUCACAGGAAAUGAUCACAGAGCUAAAAAUAGUUUUAAAGGAAACCACCUACACAGAACAACCAUCUUGCCCUUAAAGAAAAUAAUGUGCCAAAAGGCUAAAUCAUUGGCAUACAGUAAAUAAAAUAUAAAAUAUACUUGGUAGUUUCUGAGCCAGUAUUAAGAAAAUAGGAUAAGUUAACUAAAAUCUUAACUAGGUUAUAUGCAAUGUCUCUUUAGUCCUGCAAGCCUAAAUAUUUUUCUUAACAAUACUUUCAGAAAUGCCAAUGUUAAAUUAUAGUACAUUUCACACUAUGUGAUGAGAGAUGUUGCUUUAUGAUUCAAAAUUUUUUUCAUUUGAAUCUUAAUUGCUUUUCAUCGAAUGUGAAUUCUUAAUUAGAAAAUGAGUUCACACUACCAGCAAUAGAGAGUUUUGUUGAAUACUGUAAUAAGGAACAAUUGCCAGUUCCAUAAGUAACUUUAAAAUUCUAAAAUAAAGUAUUGGUACUCUAGUAAUUAAAAAUAUGAUUUCUUUUAAUACUUUUUUAAACCUAUAAAGAUUUUUUUUUUUACAAACAUCCUUUUUAUUAAUCAUAACGUGGUAGUUGCUGUUUCUGAAGUGUCCCAAACUCUACAUCCAGAGAUGAUGAAAAAUUCUUAUAGAAUUUUGUAAUAAUAUACAUGUUGGGUUAAAGAAGUUUUAUAGUCAUGUUGGAGUGCCAUGAAAUUAACACUUGCAAUCCAGAUUGCUGUAGUUUACACUUUUUCUGUAUGUUUUAAAUCAGGUGUGUACCAUUUGUACUGAGAACACCACAGUGUGAUUGAUCCAAAGUCCAUUGAUUUUAAUAUGUGUUUUGGUUUGUAAACAAAUUAUAGUAUUUCUUGCACAUUUUUGGAAAUUAAUUGUAUAAGAAUUUAUGUAUCUGCCUCUAGAUACAAUGUAAAUAAAAAUUUCGUUCACAAAGCCUGCCUAGUAGUCUAUUUAAUACCCUGAAGCAGUGUUUUCCAAGGCUGUAAACCUUUAUGGAAGGAGCCUGUCACAUCUCUCUCCUGGGGAGUGGCUGGUGGGUUUGAAUCCCACCUUUCAGUUAAAAGCUGAGUGCUUAACCACGGAGCCACCAGGGUUUUAAUUAGCAUAGGGUCAACUAGGUAAUUUCUGGAUGUCCUAUGAACUAGGCUGAGAUUAGAGGAAGUUGGGCAGCGACUUUUAGUAAAAAGGGGAAUGGUGUCACUGCGGUUUUGUUUUAUCUCAUGGGAGAUGUCAAGUGAGGAAUCGGUCACUGUUGCUAAUAUUCUAAAGCUUUUAACAUAAAGGAUAGAGUGAGUUGCUGGAACGUCUAGUAAAGAGACUAAAUCAAUACAGUAAUGAAAUCUCACUGAAAGAAAGUUAACCUGCGUUGAUGCAAUGUUUGGGUUGUGAUAUGUUUAAAGACAUGUCCUCUAUUCAGAUCUGGUGGAAAUAGAACGAGGCUGUCAAAGUCCAUGUGUGUAGAGUCAUUUAGAAAUGUCUUCAUGGAUAAGAAAGAAUUCUAAUUCUAUCCACUGCAUUUAAAUGUAUGCCUUUCAAGUUCUUAAACAUGUUGGGUUGAACAUUCUCUUUGAAAUUUUGUUCUAUUUUUAAAAAAUCUUUUUUUAAUAUCAUAACUAAUUAAGAGAUGAAUUUUGACCUGACUUUGUUCAGAGUAGUAUAUCACAAGUUUUGACAUUCGUAGAAUCCGAAUGACUUGAAGUUCUAACCACAUUUUCCAGAGCUGGUAUCAAUGAACCACAUUGGCUUUAGUGUCCAGUCUUUGCUUACAAUGGUGCUAAUGAAAAACAAAUUUUGAGAAGAAAAUGGUCAGGCCUCAUAAAUUAUAUAAAAGACUAGAUUUUACAAGCUUAUAACUUGGUAAAUCAAAUUCUCCUUUUUUAAACAAGGCUAUUGUUUCAUUCUCAUCGACCACUUCCUUUCAAUUUUCAUUGUACUUGACAAUUUCUUAAGCAUAGCUUCCUUCAUUCGCUCCACAAGAUAGAGGGAUAGGGAAGUUGGCUUCCGGGCUGGGUUUCUUAUAGGCUAUAAGCUUGUGGCUCUGAAAC